AUGGAUGACACUGAAAAAAGUCCAAACCAAAAAUUGAUAGAUGACAUUGAAUACACCAAAAACCUUUUAAAGGAGCAAAGAAAACUUGAAAGAGAGUCAGAAAGUUCCAAGUCUUGGCUACCAGACAAGUUUGACAACUCUAAACAUAACCAGGGUGGAAGGUAUUGGAAUAAAAGGUAUAAAACUCCAUGGGAGGCUGGAGAAAGAAACUAUGGAAAUGAACGCUCAAGGAGAAAAAGCCCAAAUUAUAAUAAUUUCAGAAAGAAUGAUUUCAGACAUCCGAAUGAUUUUUAUGAUGAGAACCGAGAAAAUAAAAGACCUUACAAAGACUACGAAAACAAAACUUCUUAUGGAGAUGACGAUAACAGACAGUUUCGUAAAUCAUGGAAAACUAAUUCAUAUCAAUCUAACAACUGGAAGUGGAAUGACGGUAACAGGAAUACGAGGUAUAACGAGAAUACACAUUUUAAUAGAAAUUAUACGAAAUCAGAUAGUUACGAUAAAUUUCCUAGAAGGUCUAGGGAAAACAGAGGAAGAUCAUAUGAUAAGUCAUCAUUUUCUAAGCAUAGGGUAAAACAAUGGGACCAUGAUAGUGAAUCUGAUUUUGAAGGGGCAGAAUCUCAACAUGAUGGUUUGGAAGAGUACGAAGACAAAGAACAUGCUAGAGACAAAAAUAAUGUUAGGUCAAACAAUGACAUUGAAGAAAACAAAAAAGAACCCGGUGAAACCCGUGAACAAGGAAAUGAAAAAACUCAACAAGAUGACAAGCUUGAUAAGUUUCAAAGUUACGGAGAACCAGGUGAUGAAAAUAAUGUAAAAAAUGGGACGGUUGGGGACAGUACCCCCUCUGAUAACACAGGAAGUAAAAAGCAAGUAAAAUGGAAAUUAGAUAAUGAACACGAAGAAGAACAAUUUAGUGAAAAUGGUGAAAUUCCAAAUGAGAAAACACAAGUGGAAAGAACACAUACAAAGUUUGAAAAUCGAAAACAAAAAUUUAAAUCCCAGGCCGCUAAUGACAUUUCGAAAUGGGAUAGAAGUGGUGAUGAUGAAUUAGAUGAAAAUGAAUUCAGAGGUAAAAGACAGUUCAAACAAAGAUGGAAUGAUUCUAAAGAAAACCGUCCAAGCUGGAAAUGGAGAGAAAGAGAUCAGAUUUCCCCCGGCAACCGCUAUUCAAACUAUAAUGACAGAAGAGAUUGGAAAUCGAAUAAAUACAGAGAUGAGUCAGAUUUUGGUACAAAUAAGGAUCGAAGAGUUAAAAACUACGAUCAAAAAUCUCAGUACAGAUCUGGAUACUCAAAACUUGACGAAAAUAUAUACAAAAACAGAGAUGACAUAAAUCCUCGUAAAACUAGGCCAAGGCCAAUGUCAAUGGUUAAAAGACAGGAAUGGAAAGCUCCUAGCACAAAAUGGGGGAGUGGCGCACCAUUAAAGCUUCCUGUGAAGUAUAUCUUCUGUCUGCCAACCUAUAGAAAUCGGUGUUUCAAUCUGAAACAAUGCACCAGAGAGCUGCUCUAUCUGCAUGAAAGACACACAUGUACUAAAACCUGUCCAGAUAUUAAAUACAGUUUCUUCAUUGGAAACAACGGAACGGUGUAUGAGUGCAGAGGGUGGGGAACUAGGCCAGGACUGCCAAAGCAGUACGAAAAAAUAAACAAAUCCAGUUUGUUCAUCGCUUUUGCAGGGAAAUACAAUGAGUACAACAUCCCAGACAAGAUGAUAAAUGCAAGAGAUUACGUGGUUGAGUACGGCCUCAGGCAUGCACUGAUAGACAAGAACUAUGUCAUACGAAGUGCUGUAGAUCGCGCAAACAUGUCCAGCUCGGAACUCGACGAAGGUCAGCGAAGUGAUGACUAUAGUGAGGAAGGACACGGCCAAUGGGAUGAGCGAAGAGAUAGAAUGAGUCAUGACAGAAGAGACAGACGAAGUGACGAGCUAAGAGAUGAACGAAGAGAUGAGCGAAGAGAUGGGCGAAGAGAUGAACGAAGAGAUGAGCGAAGAUAUGAGCGAAGAGAUGAACGAAGAGAUGAACGAAGAGAUAGACGAAGAGAUGAACGAAGAGAUGAACGAAGAGAUGAGAAAAGGGACGAGCGCAGUGAUGUAAAGGAUAAGCGAAAAGAUAGCCAUAAAGAAGAGCAAAUAUAUAGUCAAAAGGAAAAGCACGAUGAAGGGAAGAAUGAAAAAGGAAAUGACCUCAUAGAUACUCAAGAUGAACAAUCUGAGGGUGACAGUCACGGAAAUGAGGAUCAAAAUGAUCACGAUGAUCAAAAACACGAUAUUGAUAAACGAGAUGAUAGUGAACGAGAUAAUGGGGACAAAUAUGAUUGGGAAAAAGAUGAUGACUGGGAAAAAGAUGAUGAUGGUCAUCAUGAUGAUGAUGAUGAUAAUUAUCAAGAUAAUAAAGAAGGGGAAAUCAGUGAAAACUCCGCAGGGUCAAGCUGGGCCGAUGGUUUUAACAGUAUUUCAACAAUCUCCGGUAGCUCUGUGAAAUCAUUUGAAUCCUACAGUUCCUCAUGGGAUGUAAGUUCAGGUGAACUCACUGAUGGAGUCAAGAUGGAGGAGAUCAAGUAGAACACUUUCCAAGACUACAAGUAAAAUAAAUCACUAUUGUAUGCGUUAGAUAUUUUUAUUCAACUAAGACUAUCAUAGCCUUAAGCUACUGUUUUUUCUAUGGUGAAAUCUUGUGAAAAAUAAA